AUGUCUGAAAAGUCACCCAUAGCCCCCCACAGUCAUAUCAAACGCCCCUAUCAAGAACUCUGGAUCUCGCGCUGCAAGCCUCCGCUCUUCUGGGGACUUAUCCAACGGAAGUCCGUCGAGGAGAAGCUUGCAAAUAUGAAAGCUGCCAUCGCAUCCGGCGCAGAUGUUAACGAGCUUGAUCACGCGCCAAAUCCGCGCCGAGGUUGUGGUCACCCGCUCGACAUGGCUGUCAAAGAAGACGACUGCAAUUGGGAAGAUUUGAAGCACAAUAUCCCAUUAUUAAACUUCUCCUAG